UCCCUACACCUGCAGCUAGAACCAGCACUCUGCCUGGGACAGCCUGGAACCUCCGUGGCAGCAGCUGGGCUGGGAGCGGGGGAAAGCUGACCCAAGGAAGAAAGACCAAGUGAGAGGAUUGGAGCACAGCUGGGAGCCAUCCUGCGUGUGGGAUAGGACACCAGCACUGAGCAGCAGGUUUUCCCAAACAGCUGAGUCCUCAGCUCCUGGGGAAGAUGAGCAUUUCAUCGGAGCACAAGCCCCUUGGGAAGCAGGUCACCGGCAGCCUGCAUGCGGUGAGUAAGUUGUCACCAAUUGUGGAGUUAAAUGUUGGUGGGGAGAUGUACACGACAACACUGAGCACCUUGAAGAAACACCCUGGCUCCAAGCUGGCAGAGAUGUUCACCGGCCAGCCCAAACUCAGGACUGACUCCGAAGGGAGGUUCUUCAUCGACAGGCCAGGCACCUACUUCAAAUACAUCUUGGAGUACCUGCGCAGUAACCAAGUGCCCACCCAGUGCAUCCAGGACGUCUACAAGGAGGCAUUGUUCUAUGACAUAGAGCCUUUGAUCAAGCAGCUUGAGGACUCCCCGCAGAUCUUCGGGGAGCUCGUGGCGAGGAGGCAGUUUCUGGCCCGCGUGCCCAACUACAGCGAGAACAUCGAGCUGAUGAUCCGCAUCGCGAGGGCGGAAGCGGUUGCGUCCCGACAGUCCAGCGUCAUCGUGUGCGUGGUCAGAACCGAGGAGGACGCAGCCAGGUGUCAGGAUGCCUUGAACAGUUUGGACAUGGAUAAAAAAUCCGUGGUGAAGUUUGGCCCCUGGAAGGCUGUGCCCAGUAUUUCUGAUCUGCUGGACUGCAUUCAAAUGGACGUUGAAGCCAAAGGGUACAAAAUAUCCUUUCAGCCCCAUGUUGCUGAAAAAGGUUUUCGCUUCAAGUCGCACGACUUCUUCUACAAGUUCCUGUUCACCUGGUGGUAGCAAAGUGCCACCAUUGAUAGGGAACAUCAGAAAGCAAUCACUGGAACAAAUUAACCUGGACUGUGGAGAAUAAAACACGAUAUAUCAGAGGGAUAGGAAGAAACACACAGACCAACAAAAGGAUCUCCUUUGUCUGUUUUCCAUAUCAGAGAACACUUAAGAGCCACUUUACUUGGGAUUUAGGGGAUAACUUUUUAGAGGUUUUAAAAGGCUCCAGAAAAAGGAGGCAUUUCACUCUUCAGUGUUGCUUACAAUUCAUUCAGUUCAAAGAGAUGGAUCUGUGAAUUGAGCCAACCUCACUCAACCCAAGGGAAAUGAAUAAUCCCAAAUAUGUCUGGUGGACAUGUAGAGUUGCUCUCUCAGUGCAAAUGGGAACAGGCUGCAUAUGUGGAAAUCCUGACUGAAACAAUGAUAUUACCACAUACUCAAAUUACAUUUGGUUUCUAAAUGGGAAGGCAAAAGCUAUUCUUCUCCUGCCUUUCUACACUAGAAUCAGGGUUAAAAAGAAGGAUUCCGUGUCCUGUGAUCACUUCUUCUUUCUCCAGCAGACAGGCUACUCUCUAGUCAAUGUAUUUAUUACCAUUAUUUAUUAUUUGUUGUGAAGGAAAGACAGAGAACCUCAGCUACGGCCCCGGAUAAACAAAAGGCAAAAAUACCAUCACUGAUUUGAGGAGCUUAUAAUCUAAGGACACACACGCCUCUUUCAGACCACACAAUCUUAAUCUUUUUCUUCUGACACUCAUUAUUAUGAUGAUGCUAUUUCUAACUAUAUAAGCUCCUGGAAGAAUUGGGAAAACCUGCCAUAAUUUGGUGGGAAGGAAGUGGUGCUGAAGCAACAGCCUGCAAAUUCUCUUUUACCAUACACAAGUUACAUUGUACAAGGCAUUUUAAAAAAAUCUUAGAAUUUGAAAGUUUAUUUUUAUACUGGAAAUGGCUUGGGUUUAAUCACUCUGAUAAUCAUAAUGACUGAUUUGAUAAAGACCAUAUUUCCUUUACUUCUUGAAGGAUGGAUUUCUUCCAGUCAAGGACAAUAACCAUAGAAUCAUAGAAUGGUCCCUGGGAUUUCAAAUAAAGAAAUUUUAAAUUUUUUUU